AUGGGUUACUUACAGCCACAGACUGGAGGCAAUCUGGGACCCCAAAAGAUCCUGAAGGCGCUGAGUACUUGGUGGUUAUCGUCGACCGCGGACGAUAAGCAAUCAACAGCCCCAGGCGUGUCACGGUCAUGCUCUUCUGGAGAAAUCAGCUGUCAAAUACAGUAUCAUGGCCAGGACACAUGCUGCUUCAAUUAUCCGGGGGGUCAAAUGCUUCAAACCCAGUUUUGGGAUGCAGAUCCAGCGGUAGGGCCUGAUGAUUCUUGGACAAUACACGGAUUAUGGCCCGACCACUGCAACGGAGGAUUCGACCAAUUCUGUGAUCCGAAGAGACGGUAUAGCAAUAUUUCGCUGAUCUUAGUCGACGCCGGUCGAGCCGAUUUGCUCCAAUACAUGACCGAGUUUUGGAAAGACUACAAAGGCGAUGACUCUCACUUGUGGCAACAUGAAUGGGAGAAGCAUGGAACUUGUGUCAGCACUCUAGAGACGCGGUGCUAUGAGGACUACCAACCUCAGCAAGACGUGGUUGAUUAUUUCGACAAGUCGGUCGAGAUUUUCAAGCAGGUUCCCUCAUAUGAGUUCCUGGCGGCGAACGGGAUUCUACCGUCUCAUACUCAAAGAUACGCUCUCACGGACAUCGAGAGCGCACUUGAGAGUGGCCACGGUGCUCCUGUCACAGUACACUGCCGUCAGGGAGCUCUUAGCGAGAUCUGGUAUCACUUCAAUAUAGCUGGGAGCCUGCAAACUGGAAGAUUUGUUCCCGCUCCUCCAGACGGUCAAAAAUCCAACUGCCCAAAGAGCGGCAUUCGCUAUCCACCCAAGCGAUCGACUCCUGAGCCAACAAAGACAACCAGUCGCGGGUCCGAGCCAACACACACGGGUCACCCUAAGACACAGAGAGGCAACCUGAUGGUAUCGAGUCUUGGUCAUAGGCGGGGUUGUAUCAUCAGCUAUGGAACCUGGUUCACAUCAGGGACCUGUGCUACAUUUAGAACGCAGAAAGUGACAGACAACACUUUCACCCUGAAGUCCAGCAAAGGCUUCUGCGCAUUCGAGGAUGACGCACUCAGAUGCCACAGCCAUGUCAACAAGCCCAGCGAGUUUACGAUUACCGAGGGCAAGGUCAGUUACGCGGGAAACACCACCUUUUACGCGGACAAAGCGCCCAAGGGUCACGUCCAGAGCAUCAUCUACGCUUCUCAGGCGGAGCAUCUGUUAGAACUUGAGCUGGAAUGGUCACCAAAGGGAUCAUUUUGA